AUGGACGAGCUCGUACGCUUCCUCAAGCAGCACAAACACCAGAUCGUCAAGUACGGCAAAAAGGCCUUUACCUGGUGGAAGAAGAACCAGGGUAAACAGAACGGCCAGCAGCAGCAGCAGCAGCAGCACGGCGGCAGCGGCGGCUACGGCGGUGGCUACGGCGGCGGCGGCGGCGGCGGCGGAGGAGGAGGGGGAGGAGGAGGCUACGCCGGUGCAGCCGCCGCCGGAGCUGCCGUCGGAGGGUACAACAACAACAACAACGACUACUACAACAACCACCAGCAGCAGCAGCCCCACCUUCCGCCGCAGGGCCAGUACCAGGCACCGCAGUGGAACCAGCAGGCUGCCACCCAGGGCCCGCACUACAAGUACUCGCAGGACAACCAGGUCAACCAGCACGACGCCCACUAUCUCGAGCUGCGCAACCGCGCCCGGUCCGAGGGCGACGCCAUGGCGCGCUGCUUUGACCAGGCGCACGCCGCCCACGGCUCGGGCGACGGCGGGCGCGCCAAGCAGCUCAGCAGCGAGGGCCACCAGCACAAGGCGCAGAUGGAGCGCCUCAACAAGGAGGCCGCCGACUGGAUCUUUAUGGCCAACAACGAGGACAGCCCCGUGGGCACCGUCGACCUGCACGGGCUCUACACGUCCGAGGCCCUCGAGCGGACCGAGGCCGCUGUGCGCGAGGGGCAGAGCAAGGGCUGGCCCGAGCUCCGCCUCAUUGUCGGCAAAGGGCUGCACUCCAAGGACCACCGCGCCCACAUCGCUCCCGCCGUGGAAAAGAUGAUGCAAGAGUACCGCCUCGACGCGCACCUCGACCCGCGCAACACGGGCGUGCUCGUCGUCAACCUCCAGGCUGGCGGCGCGGGCAACGCCGGCUUCACGCGCGACCUCGCUCGCCAGGUCAGCGGCAAGGACGACGAGUGCGUCAUCAUGUGA